UCUGGAAGCGAAUCUUAACCUAGUCUCUCUCGGCCAUCAUCCUUUCCAGAAAAAACAAAACGCCCUUCACAUUCUGCAAAAUGGACGAGCGUUUUGAAGAAAGUUCUUGAAGUGAAAUGAUUCGAUCGCCAUAUGUCCUUGUCACCUUCUCUGGUGAUACGAAUUGUUCCUGACGAAGGGGAAGCUGUAGAUUGGACUGUUCGUCAGAAUAUUGUUUUUCGGGAUGUGCUGGAGGCAAUUUCCCAGGUGAUGCCUCAUACUACAGCCACUGCAUUUGAGUAUGAAGAUGAGGAAGGAGAUAGAAUCACUGUUAGAGGUGACGAGGAAUUGCAGGCUAUGAUUAAUGGGCACCUGUGGAUGAAUGCAGAAAGACUUAGGAGAGGAGUUUCACAAGAGCCAUUAAUUGUUUAUCCAAAAGCUUGUAGAACUUCAAGAAGAAGGAAUUUUUGUGGGCUGACUGUUAACACAAAGGCAACUCCAGUAAACAAUGCUGUUCCAACAAAUGCUGUUCCAACAAGCUUACAAAAGUCAGAACAUGGAGAUAUAAGGGUCAUUUUAGGCAAUGGCCAGGUUUCCCACACAGAUAUUCAGCAUUUAGACAUUUUAGGACAUGGAAAUGGAGGAACAGUUUACAGGGCCUUGCAUACAAGGACAAACCGAAUUAUUGCAGUUAAGGUGAUUCCUUUAGAUGUAACUCCAGAUGUACAAAAACAGAUUAUAUCUGAAUUGGAGAUACUGUUUCAGUGUUCCUCGACCUUUAUUAUUGAAUUUUAUGGAGCAUUUUUUGUGGAAAAUAGAAUAUCAAUUUGUACAGAAUAUAUGGAUGGAGGUUCCCUAGACAUGUUUGGCUGCAUACCAGAACCAGUUUUAGGCAGAAUUGCAGUUUCAGUAGUCAAAGGACUUCUUUAUUUGUGGGAAUUAAAAAUAAUGCAUAGAGGUGAGCAAGGCCUUACACUGUUUGAAUUUGUAUUAGUAAAAAACUCAUUCCUGAAUUACGAAUUUAUUCAAAGUUUAAAAACUACUGUAGUUUUUAUUCCUGAGCGCAUACUAGGAGAUGAAUACAGCAUUCGAUCAGAACUGUGGAGUCUGGGAGUCUCUCUUUUAGAGAUGGCUCUGGGGAGAUUUCCUUACCCAACGGAAAGUCAUGGAGGUGCUGAAACGUUUCUGCCCAUAGCGCUACUUCAGUGCAUCGUACAUGAGAAUCCGCCAUGUUUACCCGAGGAUAAAUUCUCACCAGCGUUUGCGAAUUUCGUAUCUCAAUGUAUGCAGAAAAACCCUUUAGUAAGACUGACUCCAGAAGCAGUUUUGACUCAUCCUUUCAUCGCGACAAAUGAUGAUGGUAAUAUUGACAUGAUAUCCAUGUGGGUGUGUCGUCAACUGGAGCAGAGACAAUCACGUGCACACAGCUUGGACUCGCCUAAUUCAGAAUCACCAUGACUGUAUUCAUACUCAGAACCACAAAAGAGCGUUUUCACUGACGUGGUCAGCAGCCAGGUCGGCUAGAAGACUACGAGUAGUCCCUCUUUUGCUUAGUCCGUCGUGCGUGACACGAAAGAAAACCACGAGAAAAAAAAUGG